AUGACGAUCACCUUACAAGAUGUGGCAGGCAUCUUGGGCUUGCCGACCGACGGUACUGUCGUCAUCGGAUCAACCUCUGAGGAUUGGCACGCUGCUUGUGCUGGUGUUUUUGGACAUGUUCCAGAGGCCGGUGAGUUCCAUCAUUCUGGCGACCUCCGCAUCUCAUUCUUGGAUCGACAUUAUACCCGGUGGACUGAUCAUGAAGGGAAUCAUGCUGCCGAGAUCUACUUCACAAAAGCUCACAUUGCGCGGAUGUUGGGGACUUGGUUGCUGGCGGAAAAGUCUGGAGGUAGCAAUUUUGGUUGUCGGCUUGUCCCGUUGCUAGGUGGAGGAUUUGAGGACAUUGGCCGAUUCAGCUGGGGAUCUGCAGUUUUGACACACUUGUUCAGGAAUUUGUGUGAAGUGACAGAUGCCCGUCGAAGCGACAUGGGUGGUUGCCAUAUUCUCCUUCAAAUUUGGGCAUGGAUACGAUUCCCACCCAUUGCUCCACCCCUUCCUCCUCAUCCACAGCCGGGCACACAUUAUGGAUGCCGGUUUAAUGUUGUACAAAAGUUUAAACCUCAUGAGGUCACCCAUUAUCGGGCAACAUUGGACACACUCUGUAGAGAUGAGGUUUGGUGUUAG